AUGGCUUUCUCAUCAUCCAAAACUCGUCAAGCCAUUCGAUCAAUUAGUUUGCCAACCCGGUCACACCCGACCACUCUUCUAAUCGACGAAGAGCUCACCAGUUUUAAAACAUGGCAGACAUCUCUUCCAUGUAUUCCUGAUGCCGAAACAAUAUGCAGUGGUUUAACAAGUCUGGAUAGGUUGUACACAUCUGUUGACAAUCUUCUCAGCUCUUCGCUGACCCAACAAGCCCUUUCUCACCAUCAGUAUCAGAAACUGGUGGACGAGUUGCGUGAUCGAUCCAUGAUGCUUUUGGACAUCUGUGGUUCGGUUAGAGAUGUAGUUUCACAUGUGAAAGAGCAUGUUAGGGAUGUUCAAUCUGCUCUAAGGAGGAGAAAGGGGGAUUUCGUCAUAGAGACGUCAUUCCUAAAGAAACUGAUGAAGGGUGUCAAAAGGGGUGUUGCGGAUUUGAAACAUAUCGAUCACACUUAUGGCUCAAAACCCUUGAAUCUUGACGUGCAUCUCUCUUCGGUGAUUAGGGUAUUUAGAGAUGUUAGUGAAAUUAGCAUCUCAGUGUUUGAAAUGCUCUUGUCAUUUUUUUCUGUGUCUAUUUCCAAGUCUAAGUCAGCGACUAAAUGGUCCAUAAUCUCGAAAUGUAUUCGAAAAGGAAUAGCCGAAAGCAAAGAUCAGCCUCAAGUUUGUCUUGAGGAAUUAGAUUGCAGCAUUGAAGGCAUUGAGGAUGGUUUGGAGUGCAUGUUUCGAAAGUUGAUCAAAACAAGAGCUUCCCUACUAAAUAUUUUUUCACAAAUGUGA